CUCAGACCCUACCUUGUCCUCUCCUCUCCUCCUCUCUCACCAAACGAGAGGAGGAGGAGGAGGAUCUAUCCGGCAGGCCCAGCCUCCUGCGUUCUGACUCGUCCACACAGUGUGACAGGGGAAGGCUGGGCUGUCCCGAACAUUAUCUAAACACUCACACACACACAGCCUCUGACACACACACAUACACACAUACACACACACACAGUAACUGCCUAUCCCAGAGCCUGCCUGCGCUCUCAGCUCAAGCCCUCUUAAAUCUGUUUUUCUGCUGGAGAUCAGCGAGAGCUAACAACACACAGCUGCCUCUGCUGAAGACAGAAGGACAAGAGGAGAACAGAGGGAGGGGAAAAGAGGAGCAGAAGGGAGGAGAGGACGAGCACAGGGGGAAAACAAAACCACCAGCAGCCUCUUAACUUCUGUCUCUGUCUUUCCAGCGGUCCGGUGCAGUCAUUCUUCAGCAGGGAGUGUUUUCUGCCGUAGUUCAGGACUUUUUUUGUGAGAGGGGAGUGGAAAAGAAGAGGGGUUGGAGUUCACAUGACAUAAUCGGAGUGAAUGGGUUGCCAUGGUGACUCACCCAGGGAGCCUGACCCGUGCAGAGUGAAUGGAGGGAUCGCCUUGGAUGCCAAGUGAACGAUAAACUAACGGAGGGGAGUCACCAGAGAGGGAGAGAGAGAGGAGGGCGAAGGAGUGGUGGAUAACAGAGGGAGCACAGAGCAGCAGAGCAAAGGUUGAUAAUGGAGGACGGGUUUUCCAGCUACAGCAGCUUGUAUGACACCUCAUCACUGCUACAGUUCUGCAACGAUGACAGUGCAUCAGCAGCCAGCAGUAUGGAGGUGACCGACCGCAUCGCCUCCCUGGAGCAGAGGGUCCAGAUGCAGGAGGACGAGAUUCAGCUGUUAAAGUCUGCUCUGGCCGACGUGGUGCGCCGGCUCAACGCCUCUGAGGAGCAGCAGGCCAUGGGGUCACGCAGAGGACCCACCAAAGAACCUGCUUUGAUGAGAAAGUCUCCCUCAGCAGACAGCAAUGUUGGGAAGCCAGCCAGGCCAAUGAUUGCCACCUUGCCGUUACGGCCCACAGUGAACAAUGGGACCAUCCUACCAAAGAAAGGCAGCGGGACUCUGCCCUCCCCAUCUGGAUCUGGAUCCAGGAAGGACACCAGCACACCAGCCAACAAGAGUUUGUCUUCUCUGUCUCGCUCUACCAGAAUUCUCUACCUGCCCCUCAGCACUGUGAGGAGAGCCAACUCAAACGAACAUGUGGGAACUCUUACGCGGAAAGAUUCGGGCGACUCCAAGGGAAACCGAACUCGUGCCGGAUCCACCGGUAGCAAUUCCAGCGGGAAAAAAAGUGACAGCAAACAGAGGGAUCCAGUGUUCAAUGCAGGGAUGCGACGUGUGACCCACUGCAAAGAGGAAGGUUAUGUGAGAAUGUACUUGAAGGGUCGUCCCAUCACCAUGUACAUGCCCAAAGAGCAGGUGGACAUCUACAGUCUGGAGGCCAGAGCCGACCUGCCCAGCAACAAACUCAAACUGGACUGGGUUUAUGGUUACCGCGGUCGAGACUGUCGCUCCAACCUUUACUUGUUGCCCACUGGAGAAACGGUGUAUUUCAUCGCCUCUGUGGUUGUCCUGUUCAAUGUGGAUGAGCAGCUGCAGAGACACUACACUGGACACACAGAUGACAUCAAAUGCCUGGCCGUGCACCCCGAUAAAAUCACCAUAGCAACCGGGCAGGUGGCGGGCACCUCUUCAGAUGGAAAAGUAAGUGAGCAGCUGGCUCCUCAUGUCCGUGUGUGGGACUCUGUCAGCCUCAACACACUCCAUGUUCUGGGCACAGGCUUCUUUGACCGAGCCUUGGUCUGCCUGGCUUUCUCCAAGUCGAAUGGAGGAAACACAUUGUGUGUCGUAGAUGACUCCAAUGACCAUGUCCUCUCUGUCUGGGACUGGCAGAGAGAGGACAGACUGGCUGAGGUCAAGUGCUCCAACGAGUCGGUGUUUGCUGCAGACUUUCACCCAACAGACUGCAACAUCAUAGUGACCUGCGGCAAGUCCCAUCUCUAUUUCUGGAACCUGGAGAAAGGCAUGCUGGUCAAGAAACAAGGACUGUUUGAGAAACAGGAGAAGCCCAAGUUUGUGUUGUGUGUGACAUUUGCAGAAAAUGGAGACACCAUCACAGGAGACUCAAGUGGGAACAUCCUAGUGUGGGGAAAAGGCACUAAUCGUAUCAGCCACGUCAUCCAAGGAGCUCACGAGGGCAGCAUCUUUGCUCUGUCCAUGCUGAGGAACGGCACGCUGGUGUCUGGAGGAAAAGACCGCAGGCUUGUCUCCUGGGACAGCAGCUACCAGCAGAUACAAACAGUGGAGGUGCCUGAGUUGUUUGGUCCCAUCCGGACCAUAGCAGAGGGCAGAGGGGAGACUGUGCUCAUCGGGACCACCAAGCACUUUGUUUUGCAAGGCAGUCUGGAUGGAGAAUUCAUGGCUAUUACACAGGGUCACACUGAUGAGUUGUGGGGUCUGGCUGUCCACCCCCGGAAGCCUCAGUUCCUCACAUGUGGCUAUGACAGGCAGGUCUGCCUGUGGGACUCGAGUUCCCAUCAGCUCAUCUGGACCAAGAGUAUGGAGGAUGCUGCCCAAUCAGCAGGCUUCCACCCAUCUGGAGCUGUGGUUGCCAUAGGAACCCAGACUGGCAGGUGGCUGGUACUGGACACUGACUCCAAGGAUCUUGUCACAAUGCACACAGAUGGGAAUGAGCAGCUGUCUGUUAUGAGCUACGGGCCAGAUGGUAACUUCCUGGCCAUCGGUUCCCACGACAACUACAUCUAUAUCUAUGCUGUGGCAGAAAAUGGGAGGAAGUACAGCCGAGUGGGGAAGUGCUCGGGUCACUCAAGUUUUAUCACCCAUCUGGACUGGUCAGUGGACUCCCAGUACCUGGUAUCAAAUUCAGGGGACUAUGAGAUACUGUAUUGGAUCCCAUCAGUGUGUAAACAGGUGGUCAGUGUGGAGACCACCAGAGAUAUCGAGUGGGCCACCUACACCUGCACUCUGGGCUUCCAGGUCUUUGGCUUGUGGCCCGACGGCUCAGAUGGCACUGACAUCAACGCUGUCUGCAGGACCAAUGAUAAGAGCCUCCUGGUUACUGGAGACGACUUUGGGAAGGUCCAUCUAUUCUCUUACCCCUGUUCACAGUUCAGGGCUCCCAGCCAUGUUUACGGCGGCCACAGCAGUCACGUGACCAACGUGACCUUCCUGUAUGACGACAGCUACCUGGUAUCGACUGGAGGGAAGGACAUGAGCGUGAUGCAGUGGAGGAUAGUCUGAGGGAGCUGACAGAAACAGAUACUGUUGGUUUCUUACUGCUGCUGCGGCCUGAAACCCAGCUGAAGCAAACUGAACCGAACUGCACUAAACUGAACUGAACCAAACUUAAAUGAACUCUUAUAAAAAAAAAAGUGGAUCUGCCUGAACUGAAGUGAAUUGACAGAAGAGGAACCUGAGGUUUCCUUCCUGAUCUGCUCUCAGAUCCCAAAUGAGAUGAACUGUUGGUGUAAUGUGCAGUUGCUUUAAAUACAAAAAAUCUUAAAUAUUUCUCCUUUUUCUUUAUUCACACUACAUGUAAGAAAAAAAAAAGAAAAAAGAAACUGUAGCCUACUCACCAAUGACAUGAGACAAAACAAAUCAAACGGAUCAAAUCCAACUAAACAGAACCAAAGGCUCUGACUUUCUGACUGCAUUUGCACAGUUUGGCUCUCACUGUUCUUGUAUUGUGGACAGACUGGGACUGAGGUUUGUUUCGCUGCCUAUCAGAACCGUUCCAGACUGAAUAUCGCCACGCUGGAAAUCCAAGAGCAUUGGAACAAAAACUGUGUACGGAAAGAAAGAACGCAGUGAUUUUCUAAUUGUUAAACUUUCUUUUAUUUUGUAUUUAACAACUCAGGAAAGCACUAGUGAAGCAGGACUCUUCCCUGUUAUUAACAUAUCAGACGUCGUCUGACUUAUCAGAACGAGCCCUAAACACUUCUCACUAAAACAUAACAGAGAAGUAUCAACCACAGGUUAAUAUCAGAUUCAACUGUUGUCCAACCAUUAUUGAUUUAUUUGCACUGACUAAUUGUGUAUGAAAAUUACCUAUACAGUUGAGGCAAAUGCUGAAUUUGGUGGGCAUGAUAAUUAAAUACAGCAAGGAGAAUACUGAUGUCAGAUGUAAUGUUACCACCAUUUGAAACUAUUAUUAUUUGGGAAAAUUAUUUAAGGGCAAUGAAAAAUUACAUUAUCUGGAUUCAGAGUUAGUAUUUAAACCAUUUUCCACAACAUUAUCUUAUUAUUUGAUCAUGAGUCAAAUCUUUCACUGCCAGUUUCAGUUCCUUUGAGUUUUUCCUUACAAUUAAUCGCUGUUUAGUCCCAGAUGUGUAAAUAUACUGAGAGGCUUGAAACAGAUAUGUGGGUGAAUAUACAGUAUUUGAAACAGUUUCAGAUUUUUGGAAUGAAUUGUGUCUUUCCUUUGCCUCGAGGUGCAAGGAAAAUGAAAAUCAAGCAUGUAUUGGGGUUUUUCAAUGAUGUGAAGCCUUUUCAAAUCUGUAUCUAUCUGCAUUUUUAUCAGUUUAGGAAGGGGAAGUGUGAGACCAUUACACUGUAACUGUUUACGUCUGACGUGCUCCUCAGUAGUGCACCUUCAGUCACUGGCGAGAUAUUUAACUGAACUGAACCUUCUUGAGGUGUUUUUUUACUAUAAUGCACAGCUUCAGCCUAAUAAACAUACAGCAGGUCUAUUUACCUGCACAAUAGCAAAUCACCAUUUAGCACUUACUGGAGCUUUUCAUGAACCAAUGAUGUCUGCUUUCAACCUUGCAAGCUGCGUACUUUCCAAACACCUGCUGUACGGUGCGUAGCACGUCACACUCCUCAUCUUGUGGUUAACAGCAAGCCAAUAUUACACACGUGCAUGAAUAAACAAGAUUUCUUUGAUUGGGGUUCAGCAAAUUUUAGUAUGACCAGAGCUGCCACUGAUAUGAGGAAUAUUGGUAUUGUUUUGAAAUUUUGUUGGCUGAUUGUUAGAGUUGUCUUAUCAGGAAAACCACAGAAAUCUUCUAACAGCAGUGAUAUAAAGUCACCACUCUACAGAGUGAAUGUAACAUGAUUUGUCUUACCACUAAACUCUUGGGGCUACAGAAUACCACUGAACAUUUAACAUUUGUCUGAAAGUAAAUGCAACAUGAAAUUCUA